AAGGCCCACAGAUUGGCCCAUCUCCUUACGCUAGCCCUAGACCUCCGCACGCUCGAGUACCCCGAUCCCCCACGCGCCGCCCCCAGCUCGCGCCUCCUGCCCACCUCGACGCCGGCGACACGAACGGGCACUCGCCGCCGCCGUUAGGUCUCCUCGCCGGGGUAGCCUCGGUUUCGCAGGGACGCUGACACAUCCCCUUCGCGCUCCCUCGGUCCCAGCAGCAGCAGCAGCCAUAUGAACACGCUCGCUCGGCGCGGCGCCGCAGCGGGGGCCUAAAACCCUAAACCCUCGCGGUCGCAGCUAGGGCAUAAAGCAGCCAUGGCGGCGCCCCUCCCACCAAACCCUAGCCAGCCGUCCUCCCCCGUCCAUGGCGCGGCAUCCUAGGCCCCCUUCGCCUUCGCCGCCGCGCGCGAGCUCGGACAACGACACCGGCUUCGACCCUGUCGAGGAGUGGCUCGUCGACUUCGACCAGGUCAUGGCGGAGGAGAUGGCCAACGGCCUCGGUGUUGGCGACGAGGUGGUGGUGGUGGUUCCGGACUGCGGUGAUGGUAAGGUCUCGGGUGGGUUGAUGUCCGAGAGCUGCGGGGUCGGUGUGAAGGAGGGGAUCCUGGAGGAGAAGGGGGCUGCGUUGGUCAAGCAAUUGGGCAUCACUUUGUGCGGCGAAUUGGAUGUCAAGAUGGAGCCUGAGAUGGGGAGAGAAGGGUUGGGUCCGAAAUUUGGGCAGGAUCAGCUUCCGGUAUCCGGUAUUGGUGAUUUGGCUGUAAGGGAGGAUGUUUCAGAGGUAAUGGUGGAUGUCGAGAAGAGUACUGUACCUGUUGAUGCCGAAAUGAAUAAUAUGGCCUUGGCCGUGGUGAAAGAGGAAACCAAAGGCAGAGGAGGCAAGGAGGACGACAGCGAUGAGGAAGAGUCUGAGAGUAGCGAUGAGGAGGAGGGGUCAUCUGAGGCUUCGUCGAGCAGCGAUGAGGAGGAAGAGAAGAUGGCAAAGGAAGAUGAGGAGUCAAGCGAAGCGUCUUCGAGCAGUGACGAGGAAGAGACGGCCAACAAAGAUGGCAUUGUUCGUGACACUGAGGCCCUCCUUGAAGAGGGUGAAUUGAUGCUUGCGAGUGAUGACAACGACGAUGAUGAAGCACCGAAGGGUCCUCUCAAGUCCAAACAUGAAGUAGAGAUCCUUCCUCCAGUGCCGAAGAUUGAAGUACAGCUGGAGCCACAUCAUCAAACCCUACCAGUAGGAACUAUUUCAGCUAUCAUGGGCGAGAGAGUGAUUGUUGAAGGGUCAGUGCAACACAAUCCCCUGAAUGAGGGUUCUAUACUCUGGAUAACAGAAAGGAGGACCCCACUUGGUAUUGUUGAUGAAUUAUUUGGACCUGUAAAAAACCCAUACUAUCUAGUACGGUACAACUCUGCAGAAGAGGUGCCUGCUGAGAUCAGUGCAGGAACUGCUGUCUCUUUUGUUGCGGACUUUGCGGACCACAUCCUGAAUAUGAAGGAACUGUAUGCCAAAGGCUAUGAUGGAUCUGGAGAAAACAAUGAGGAGCAAUCAGACCCUGAUUUCUCUGAUGAUGAGAAAGAGGCUGAGUACAAAAGAUCAUUACGGUUGGCAAAAAGGCAGACUGAUAGGCAGCACGAGGGUAAGAAAACUUCUGGUGAUAAGAAGAGAGCGCAACCUAGGGGUGCUGGAUUUCGAAAGGACGUGCCACUUAGGGACCGUGAUGGACCUACACCAGGUCGCAAGCCGCAACAUCGAUUUAACCGCCCUGAUACUCCUUUGGUUGAUGCAACCUGCACGUUGUGGUCUCAAGAUAGACCUAUGAGUGCACCAACAAUGCUUCCACAACGCCCAGUUCAUCCUGUUAUGCCUUCAGCUAAUCAACUUACGAACCAGAUGGGUGGUUGCUUCAUCAAUCCGUCUCAGCAGUUCUUACCACAGCAGCCUAAUGUUGUCUGGCCAGGCGGUCUUCCACCUACACCGCAUCCAAACAUGGGGGUUGAGGGAGCUGCUUUUGCAGCUAAUAUCAUGCAGAACCUACUUAUCGGAGCCAGCCAAUAUCAGCAACAGUUGCAGAACCAGAAUUUUGGUGGCUUCCUUAACCAAAUGUCUGUACCUCCACCUCAGUUUAUGUCUCAAGGUGGAAUGCCUUCUAACCCAAUGGCAUUUGGUGUACCACCAAUAAAUCCUCCAUUUGGUCCACCACCUCAGUUGCCUAUGAAUCAAGGUAACUUUGGGCAGCACAUGGCUGGCACCACACUGCAACAGGGGCCUCCCUCGGGAUUUCCCAGUGGCCAAGGAUUUGGGCACCCUGCACCGACGCAGGGCGACGGAGAGCAGCCACCCAUGCAGUUCAGUUCUGGGCAGUCUAAUCAAGGGCCGUCCUUCCGUGGCAGGAGGCUGCAGCAACGGGGAGGCCGGCACUCUUCUGGGGGGAGAGGCGGUGGCCGGCACCGCAGAUAGGUAAAAGAAAAGGAGGUUCUUCACCCAGUGUAAUUCUGACUCGUCGAAUGAACCUGUGUAUUGUCCGUAAAUUGAGGCAUGAUCAGCUGCAUGUAAGAUUCAGUUUGUUUUGCUUUCGGCGAAUUUCACUUUGGACAACCCUGUGUUUUUGCCUAUUUCACAAUGCACCCCGUUUUAGGGAAGUCUUCAGUUAUAUGGCCAUACUUUGCAAUUGACUGGCUCCCUGUAUCAUUGUUAGUUUCCAUCGUGCCCAGGUGAUUUGGUAUACCAGUAGUAGGAGAUCUAGAGUUUAACCUGAACUAAAUCCACUGAAACAUGCAGUAUCUGCUUGAUUUGCUGACCAGGGCCAAACAUUGUAU